CAAUCGGAAUAAACAAACGGGAAAAUCGGUCGAAAAUGUCCCGGGGUUCGCGUGAAAAUUAGUGUCUGUUCGUGAAAAAUGUAUUUUAAAUUAACAAAAAAAGACUUCAUAUUGUGCGUUGUGAGAAUAGACUACUGACGCGGGUGAUUUUUAUUUUACUUCUGUGAAGAUGAAUACCAAACAACGGAUAAGCGCGCGCACUGCGCGUCUGAACAAUUUCAUUCUCGGCCGGUCGGUUUCUACAGCGGCCGCAGAAUAUACCGGUCUGAAUCCGACCGACGAUGGAUAUGGAUCGGUAAUGGAUAGUGCCCUUUCCCGGGAGGGGCUACUGGAUUCGCUGUUUGUGCUGUACGAGGAGUGCAGCAAGGAUGUCAUUAAGAAGAAGGAUAAGAAUGUGGCCGAUUUUGUCAACAAAUAUCGGCCAAUCAUCAACGAGACUCGUACCAUACGAGUCAACGUGAAUGAUUUCAAUGUGAAGAACCUUAUCGGCAAAGGAUACUUUGGAGAAGUUCAUCUCGUAUCGGAAUCUACCACCGGUGAGGUGUACGCGAUGAAGAAGAUGCGCAAAGCGAUGGUUACUUCUACGCAGAUUCGCGAGGAGCGCGACAUUAUGGCCUCGAGACGGUCGGACUGGAUCACGUCGCUGCAGUAUGCGUUUCAGGACCAAGAGUGUCUCUACCUGGUGAUGGAGUAUCUUCCCGGUGGUGAUCUGCUCAGUCUCAUGAUCCGCAUCGGUGUAUUCGACGAAGAGUUGGCCCAGUUCUACGUGGCCGAACUGACGGAAGCCCUGCACUCUCUGCACAGCAUAGGGUACGUCCACCGUGACAUCAAACCGGAAAACAUCCUCCUGGAUCGCUUUGGCCAUCUCAAGCUGGCUGAUUUUGGCAAUGCAACGGCCAUCAACAAGGAUGGUAGCGUGACAAGCAUGACACCGGUCGGAACACCGGAUUACAUCGCUCCGGAGUUGCUGCAGACGCUUUCCACCCUGACCAAGUCUUCCCGGGGCAAUCACGACGUAACGUGCGACUUCUGGUCCAUGGGAAUUAUCGGCUACGAAUUUAUAACCGAGACGACACCGUUCCACGACGAGAACGUUAACGAAACAUACUCGAGGAUUUUAUCGCACUGCGAUGGACGUUUCGCAAAAAAGUUGGAAUAUCCCGCACACGUUUCCAUUUCUGCGCAUUAUCGAGAUCUACUUGAUCGGUUGGUUACGAAGGUAUCCAACCGAAUAGACUACAAAGAAAUCAAGAAGCAUCCAUUCUUCAGUGAUAUCAACUGGGAAAAGUUAAGAUACCGGAUUCCACCGAUCAUUCCUACGGUGAGCAGCGAUGACGACAUUUCCAACUUUGAGGAUGUUGAUAAGUCGCUCAAGAGAAAUGCUUUCAUCAACAAGCCGACCUAUCCGAUUUCCAAGGUCAACGACUUCAGUGGGCAAAACCUUCCUUUCCUUGGCUACACGUACGUCUAUGAGGAGGCAGAUCCCGCUGGAAAGUAUCGGGAUACGGAUGAGCACAUGGCAACGACACGACUUUCACACAAGCUUAAGGAACAAGAUCGAGUGAUCAAAGAUCACACGAACGAAAUUCAUCAACUGCAAAAAGCCCUGCUGGAAAAGGACCGUAAAAUUGCAACCAUCAAUGCUCAUAGCAAGAUUUUCGGUGAAACCAAGAAAGAGCUACAAAAUCUACAAGAACUGUUAAAGUUGAAAACGGCCGAACUGGCUGCGUCGAAGACUGAUAUUAAAACAUUAAAGAAUCGAUUGAAAAUCGAAGAAGAGCAGCGUGCAAAGAACGAUGCCACGAUAGCGGAUUUGCUGAAGCAGACCUAUAAAAAAUGGGAACGGGCUAAACAGAGUUCGGAUCAAAACUAUGAGAAGCAAAUAGCCGAGAGGCGAACUGAGAUCAGUACGCUGACUGAGAGGUUUCGAACGCAGACGAAUGAGCUACGGUCGCAGGUGGAGGAAUGCUCACAGCUGCAACAGAUGGUCGAGAACUAUAAGGACCUGUUGAAAAAGUCCAAGAAUCAGUUACUGGCGGACAAGGAGGAGUACGAUCGCAGUCACACCCAACUGCUGGCGGCGUACGAAGCGAAGAAUGUGGAACUGAAGCAAAAGUGGAAAGCGGAGAAGGAGUUACGUGUCAACCAGGAGGAGCAAGUGCGCGAACUGCGAACGCGUCUACAGGAGUACGAGAAUAACGUGAAGAACGCGGAACAUUCGCAUGAGAAGUUCGUGGAUAACAUCAAACGGAGAAUGACCAUUCAGAUGGAAGAGGCGAAGCAAGUUUCGGAUAAGAUGAGCGAAGAAAUGCAACGGAAGUGCGAAAAUCUGCGGAAGGAGAUCAACAAACUGCAAGAGCAAAGUGUUUCCAGCAGUGCCAACAGCAGCAAGCGAAGUUCGCUGCAGGAGCAGGAGUUCCGGAGUGCUAAUUCCAGUAUUCAGUCGUUGAACACGCACGUGGAGGAGCAACUGCGGAAUGAUUUGAUCAAGGCGAGAGAAAGCGAAGAUCUGCAGCGCAAACGAGCCAACGGGUUGGAGGAGGUUGUUUCGCGAUUGGAGAAGAUUAUCGAUCAGUUCAAGACGGGCAACCCGGUGGGCGCACGCGGCACGACAGACGGUACGUCUUCGCUUCUGGAACGGCAGAACGAACGGCUCGAGGACAAGUUAAGUACUAUUCGGGAACAGUCGAUCUUGGACAAACAGUCGGCCCGGACGGCCAAUUUGUCGCUGUGGAAGUUGGAGAAGGAACUGGAGAAGGUCAAGUUAGAUAAUUCCAUUCUGGGACGAAGGGUCGAGCAGGCCGACGAACGGGUCAACCGGGUAAGGAAGGAGAAAGAGGGAGUAGAAUUCAAGAUUAAUCAGCUGCACGAAACCAUUGCCGGAAAGGAGAAGCAGAUCGAAGAUUUGAAAGAGGACAUAAGGUUGCUAAAGGAUGAAUUGAGAAAGGAGCGUUAUUCAAGAGAUACGACCGAAAAGGGACGACUGACCGAGAAGACUGAGCUGAUUACUGCUUCAGCGAAGAUCCAGAGUUUGGAGGAGAAGUUGAAUGAGGCGAAACAGAAGGCAAACCAAGCAAAUGACAAUUUGAGAAUGAUGACAUCGGAAAAUUCGAAGCUCAUGAGGGAGUUGGGCGAAAGCCAAGAAGAACUGGCGGAUGCUGAUGCUUCGGUUAAGGAGCUUGAUGAGAAGCUCGCAAUCGUGACGCGGAAUUUCAACAUGUUGAAGGGAGCUUGCAGUAUUACGGAGACUCAACUGACAGAGUUGGAGAUUCUGCUGGAGAAGGAGCAGAAAAGAAAUAAGGAAUACCAGGAGAAGAUCGACGGCUUGUUCAAGCAGAUGAAGGAAAAGGAUACGGAGCUGUCCAAAUUGAGACAGGAAGUGCAUCAGGAGAAGUCAUCUAAAACGUUGAGUGAAUGUAAAACUUCUCAGCUGGCAUCGGAAUACGAUGAAUUACGCAAGAAGUUUGAAGAUCUGCAAAACCAAAUGGUCGAUCAGCAGAAGGACCUUAUCGAGAAGACCAGCAGCCUCUUUGAGGUACAAGAACGCAUUGAAAUGCUCAAUCUGGACGCAUCCAAUCUUCAGAAGGUGGUUUCCAAUUACGAGCAGGAGCAUCUGAUACUGAAGGAGGAAAAUUCCAAAAUUCUCACCGAUCUGUUCUUGGCUAAGGAACACAUUACCAAACAGAACAACGAGAUUAAAGACUACAAGAAUCAAAUCAACCAGCUGAACAAUGAACUUGAUCACGUCAAGACGGUUCUAGCGGAGCAAAAAACGUUCUAUUCCGAGAGGGACAUUAAAUCGGAAGCCACUCUUGCUCAGCACAAGAAGCUCAUCGAUUAUCUGCAAGCUCGCGUUGAGGAAAGUUCGCAUAAAAAGAAAAAGACCUUCGCCGAUAUGCUCUUCGGAAGUGGCGGCAACCAUGAAAAGAAAGAGAAUGUUCCACCAAAUCCCAUCAUGGUGGAGAAUACCACCAGCUACAAGAAGAUCCAGGAAGAACUGCAGAAAGAACGUCAACGUACUAACCAGCUCAAAGAACAACUGCUCCGAGCGAAAACGGACAUGAUUGCCAUGCAAGGAUCACUUAAGAAAGCCCAAAAAGACGAAGAAAAUCAACAGCUGGAAGCCAAGGACAAGUAUCUCCCGGAGAGAACUCCUUCAAAAUUGCACAAGCCUUCUUUCCGGCAAGAAUUAGCUCCAACCCCGAAAAAUCUCGGCCCUCCCGGGGGUAAAUCGCACACCUUCGACAUGACAUUGGAAACAUCCUCGUCCAAAAAUCCCAUCCAGUUGUGUAGCGUUUGCGAUCGGCACAUCCUAGCCGGGCACCCUUACUGGAAGUGUACAGUUUGUGCGAAGAACGUCCACCGGAAGUGUCGAUCGGGGGCAGCUUACGAUUGCCAGGGCGAUGGUGAUUUGGAUUCGCUUGCCAAUGAGCUGGUAGCGGGUGGUAUUAGCGAUACAGAGUCCCUGCAGGAUCAGAUCAGCUUGGCACCGGACGGAUCGGAGGCGGAAUCGGGCGACGGCCCGGUCAGCAGCGUGGAGGAGAAGGCCGACGACGACGAGGACAAAUAUGUCGGGGACUUGCUGUUCAAGACGAAACGGGUGGAACCGAAGCUGGCCAUUAACGAUGUGUACGACGUGAGCGAGAGCGUGGUGCUGUUGGGUUGCGACACCGGUCUCUUCUCCUACAACGCAGAUACGGAGGAACUGGUCCAGAUCCGAGGCAUAUCCAACGUGAAGUCCUUCACCAUCUCCCAGCACAUCCCGAAGGCUAUCAUCAUCGGAAACGACGGUGAGUACCUGUACCAGUGCGACCUGCGCCACCUGCACAGCCGUGCCCAAGCCUCAUCUUGCCUUUCGCCCAAGCUGGAAACCUUUGUCCUGGAUCUAUCGAUUGCCAACCGGACCCACAGUGAACGGUGGCAUUUGGUUCGCAUGAUGGACGACCCCUCGUGCCAACAGCUGUCGGACGUGAUAGCAAUCGCCGCGACUUCAUCGAGAAUUGUCAUCCUGAAGUUCGACACCACCCUGGGACGGUUCAAACCGGUUCGCGGAUUGGACACGGUCCUUCCAGUUUCAUCAGUGCUCUUCACCAAACACACCGGCAUUGUAAGUUCGGACAAGUUCUUCGAAAUCGAUUUGGCAACCUACGGUGCCGAAGAGUUCCUGGAUAUGUCCGACUCGAGUCUACGGGAUAUCCGUUCAUGCACACCGAUGGCGGCCUUCAAGGUAAACAGCCAAGAGUUCAUGCUUUGUUUCAAAGAAGUUGGAAUUUUCGUGGACGAAUAUGGCUGCCGUUCACGGCCGGAUAAUAUCAAUUGGCUACAGGAACCCCUUGAUUUCAAAUACCGCGAAUCUUGCCUCUUCAUUGCGCAUUCCGAUUGCGUUCAAGUUAUGUACGUUAGCAAAUCGUACACCAAAGAGAUUGAACGAAAAGAGUCGCUCGAUGAGCGGCGAGCUUUUGUCAAUUUGAACUCACCGCGGCUGAUGGCAUUCUUGGACUUUGCCCGCACCAGCAUCUACGUGGCUUGCGAGUGUGGCCCGGGGAAGGAGCAGGAGAUCAUCAUGCUGGAUGGAUACAAAGCACUGCAGACGACAUCGCCGUGCAUUAGCAAUUCCAUGGAAACUUUGUCCAGUUUGGCGAGCUACCCGACGACGGUGACCCAGAGCAAUGAGACACUAUCGCUGGGACAUGCGGUGUAAGUACUUUCGAAUAACCUUUGUUUUACCUAGAACCUAGGUCGUUUAACUAACGGAAAUUCGCAUGAAAACGAUUGUUUGAGUUUCAUGCCACAGGAAAUAUGUUUUUCUUCUUAAAUAAACAUUUUAUCAUUUUAAGAUAUUUAA